AAGUUGAUAGAUGGCGGCAAAAGUAGAAAGAGUUGAGUCUCUGUUUGGUUUUGAGUGAAGGAAAAUUAUGUUGAUUGAGUUACACAAACGAAGCCAUUUGAUAUUCUGAUCGACUGAUUGUUUUCUGAUUUGAUUUGGUUAUUUAAUCAAAUCUCAUCGAUCCACAUCAACCUUAUCUCUUUUCCUCGAUUCUUCAUCUCUCAUCAGAGAGAAAUCAUCAGAAUGCUCGGGUCAGCUGGAUUUCCAUUGCUUAAAUCAUCUUCUUUGAGGCCUUUGUGCCAAGCCUUGCGCAAAGCUUGUUACUCUACUGGAGCCUCAACCAAUAUUAACGAACCUCAUCAGAUUCCUGAACAUGUUCGCUAUGUUGAAGAUAGUCCUGAUCCAUCGUUCUUCCAUAUGGUCGAGUUUUUCUACCACAAAGGUUGGCAAGUAGUCGAAGAUAAAUUGGUUGAAGAAUGGAAAAGUAAAUUGUCGGAAGAGGAAAAGCGAAGACGUGUUCGUGGUUAUCUUCACAUCAUCGGUCCUUGCCAUGCUGUUCUUGAAGUUGGAUUUCCACUUAAACGGGACAACGGUGAAUGGGUCAUGAUCAAUGGCUGGCGGGCACAACACAGUCACCACCGAAUGCCUUGUAAAGGAGGUAUUCGUUAUUCAAUGGAUGUUAGUUUAGAUGAGGUCAAAGCUUUAUCUGCUCUGAUGACCUUCAAAUGUGCUGUUGUUGAUGUACCUUUUGGUGGUGCUAAGGCAGGGCUUAAAAUCAACCCAAGAGAAUACAGUGAAUUUGAAUUAGAAAAAAUCACAAGAAAUUUCGCUUUGCAUAUUUCUAAAAAAGGUUUUCUUGGACCUGGACUUGAUGUUCCCGCUCCAGAUAUGGGAACAGGUGAGCGUGAGAUGAGUUGGAUUGCCGACACUUAUGCACAGACCAUUGGUCAUACCGAUAUCAAUGCACAUGCUUGUGUAACAGGUAAACCGAUCAAUCAAGGAGGUAUUCAUGGUCGUAUUUCAGCUACCGGACGAGGUGUCUUUCAUGGAAUUGAUAAUUUUAUCAAUGAAGCCAGUUUUAUGAGCAUGGUUGGUACUACUCCAGGUUGGGGUGGUAAAUCUUUCAUCGUUCAAGGUUUGGGUAACGUCGGUUUACACACUAUGAGAUAUCUCCAUAGAGCUGGAGCUCGAUGUAUUGGUAUCAUGGAGGUUGAUUGUAAUAUUUUUAACCCUAAUGGAAUGGAUCCUCGGGAAGUCGAAGAUUGGAAAUUGAAUCAUGGAACCCAAGAAUUUCCUGGGGCGGAAGAAUACAAAGGAGAAAGUCUUUUGUACGAACCCUGUGACAUAUUGGUUCCAGCAGCAACCGAAAAAGUCAUUACCCUAGAAAAUGCUCAUAAGAUUAAUUGCAAGAUUCUCGCUGAGGCUGCUAAUGGACCAACUACUCCCGCUGCAGACAAAGUUCUUCUCGAACGAAACAUCUUAGUUAUACCUGAUUUAUACAUUAACGCUGGUGGUGUUACAGUUUCUUACUUUGAGUGGCUGAAAAAUUUGAAUCACGUUAGUUAUGGUCGAUUAUUGUUCAAGUAUGAAAGAGAUUCUAAUUAUCACUUGUUAGAGAGUGUACAAGAAUCUUUGGAACGAAGAUUCGGUAAAGCUGGAGGACGAAUUCCUAUCGUACCAUCUGAAGCUUUCCAAAAGAAAAUUGCUGGUGCUUCAGAAAAAGAUAUCGUUCAUUCUGGAUUGGAUUACACCAUGGAACGUUCAGCUAGGCAAAUAAUGAGAACCGCAAUGAAGUACAAUCUUGGUUUGGAUCUUAGAACUUCUGCUUACGUUAACGCGAUCGAGAAAAUCUACAAUACUUACAAAGAAGCCGGAUUGACAUUUACCUGAGCAAUUUAAAGAAAAUAUCUUAAGUUUUAAAAGCAGAUAAAUAAAAUAACAGUGGAACUUAAGAUUGGAUAUUUGAAACAUAAAACAAUACUAAUGGAAAUCAAAACGAAAGCUUUGAUGAAAGGGCAAUAUUUGUUAAAAAUUGCAGUGAAUUUGUUGGUUAUAAUUGAAUAGUUACUUUGUUGGCACAUUGGAAUCAAUUGACAUCAGAAACACAUAAAAUCAUAAAUUAAUUUGAA